AUGAAUGAAAAAUUAUAUGAAAUUUCAGAAAAUGUAGUAGAGAAUUCAAAGAUUCCAUUGUUUUUAGGGGUUAAUAUUGAAUUAUCACAACUAAGACCAAUUGCAUUUCGUAUAUUUACAAAAAGAUAUAAUUUGACUCUAAAAUCAGAUGCACUUAAGGAACUUGCAAUAUUCAUAGGGAGGAAAUUUGGUCAAGAUUGGCAUACUGAAAGCGAAUCAGUUUUGGAUGAGAUUGCUCAAUUAUGGAAAAAAUCUCAAGAAAGCAAUUUUCUAGUAUCAAAAGACCUCCUUAUUCCAAUUCUUAAAAAAUGGAACCAACUGAAUUAUUUGAAAUUAAAGGUUCAAGAACAAAUACCGGUUUUGCUAGAAAACGAAACUCUUUUAAAUAAUUCUCAAUUAGGAGCAAAAUUAGAAGAAAAAAUUGAUAUAAAACAAUAUUAUAUAUAUAUAGAUGCUUUUAACCAGCCUAAAUAUAUUUUUGAUAUAACUCACAAGUCGUUUGAACGUUCAAAUGAACGACCUAAAAUACUUGGGGAUAUUUCACAUAAAAUUUCAAUUUAUCGAGAAAGAUUUUACCUUAUAAAACAGCGAUUACUUUCAAAUCCUACUUUUCAAGAGCCAGGUUUUUAUGGUUCAAUAUCUCAUAAAGAAUGGCAUAAAAUUACAUCUAUUAAAAAUCUUUUAGGUAGAAUUGGAAAGGAAUUUAUGUUGCUUGGGGUAAUUUCAUAUGGUCCUGAAGGAAAACUUUGGUUAGAAGAUAUUGACGAUCGAAUCAUGUUAGAAACAGAUGAUACAAUUAAUGGAGGAGGAUGGAUAGUUCCUGGAUGUAUUGUAUUAGCAGAUGGAAUAUAUUUGGAAAACGGAACGUUUCAAGUAUUUGUUCUUGGACAUCCUCCAUGUGAACCUAAAUAUUUAUCGGAAAAAUCUUUUGACCAUAUUGAUUUUCUAGGGACAAAUCAAAAUAGAUUAAUGAAAAAACAAUUGAAGGAUGCAGAAACAAAAUUUAGUCACGUACGGCUUGUAUUUGCAGCUGAUGUUAUACUUGAUGACAUUUUAUCUAUGAAAGCUCUUAAGAAAAUGCUUUAUAUGUACGAAACACGAGAUGAUAUUUUUCCUGAAGUUAUUAUUUUAAUGGGAAAUUUUAUUUCUGUUCCAUUUCAUAAUACAGGAUUUUCGGCUAAUUAUAAAGCAUUAUUUAACUCAUUAGCACUUUUACUAGAGUCCUUUCCAAAACUUACGCGAAGAUCAACUUUUAUUUUUUUGCCUGGGCCUAAUGACCCUUGGGCACAGGGGGGUGCACCUUUACUUCCACAAAGAGGAAUUCCAAAAAUAUUCACUAAUCGGAUUAGAAAAUCAUGUAAACAUGUAUUUUUUGCUAGUAAUCCAUCAAGAUUAUUAUAUUUUACACAAGACAUUGUAUUAUAUAGAGACAAUACUAUGGAAAGGUUAAGAAGACAUUCCCUUUGUUUUAAUGAUAUAAAUGCACCAUCUAUUAAUGAAAAUAAAUUAAAUCAGACUAGUGAAAAUUCGAAUAAUGAUGCAUCUACAAAUAACAUAAUGCAAAAUAUUAAUAAACAAAAAAAAUGCACAUCUAAUCAUUUAUCGAAUCUUCAACAGGCCCAAAAUCUUGUUCGAACUCUAUUAGAUCAAUCUCAUCUAUCUCCAUUUUCUUUAUCUCUUAGACCGAUAAUAUGGGAUUUCGAUCAUACAUUACGUCUUUAUCCAAUACCACAUUUGAUGGUAAUUGCUGAUACAUCAUGUCUUGCUUUUAAUACUUCUUAUUGUGGGUGUCUUAGCAUAAAUCCUGGAAAAUUAGUAAAUAGUUAUAAAGCAUCAUGGGCAGAAUAUAAUCCAGCUGAAAAUAAAGUAGUUAUUUUUGAAGAAUUAAUAUAA